CACUUACAGCCGGAGACAGGGUUUGUCUGCAGGAGCUGGACAUCAGUGACACUUUACUGUCCCUGUCUGGGACACACAGAAAAUGGACACAGAUUCUCUAUGCUUUGGUACGUGCGCGAAGUGCACCAGAGGCGUUUACGAUGCUGAUCAGGCCUGUCGAGCCAUGGGACAAGUGUAUCACGACAGCUGCUUCACCUGCUGUGCCUGUGGACAGAAACUAAAAGGAAAGCCGUUUUAUGACUUUUCAGGACGGGUGUUCUGUGAGGAGGAUUAUUUGUAUUCCAGUGUCAAGCACUUCGCAGAAGUCUGCACAUUCUGUGGAUAUCUAAUCACAGAUAUGGUGCUCCAGGCUUUGGGAAAGUCCUUCCAUCCUGACUGUUUCCGCUGUGUCAUCUGUAAUGAGACACUGGAGGGCCGGCAGUUCAGUGUUGACACACAAAACAAGAUAUAUUGUUUGAAAGAUUACCACAGGUUUCUGGCACAGACCUGUGCUAUAUGUGAGCAGCUCAUCCUUCCCAAUAAGGGUUCAAAUGAGAUUGUGCGAGUGAUGUCCAUGGGAAAAAGUUACCACGUGGCCUGUUAUGAAGGAAAAAGCAACAUUUAAUCACUGUUUAUUUAUUCUGAAGAAACUAAUAAACUAAUAAUUAUUCAUUGUUAAUAUUUUUAGUACCACUGUAUUUUUGUAAUUCAUGAAUGUUGACGUGAAACUUUAAUUUAAAUACCAUAUA